AUGUACUACCCAAGUGGUCUAGACAUAUACUUGUAUCUCAACUACCCAAGUGGUCCAGACAUAGACCUGUAUCUCAACUACCCAAGUGGUCCAGACAUAGACCUGUAUCUCAAACACCCAAGUGGUCCAGACAUAGACCUGUAUCUGAACUGUCCAAGUGGUCAAGACACAGACCUGUAUCUCAACUACCCAAGUGGUCCAGACAUAGACCUGUAUCUCAAAUACCAAAGUGGUCCAGACUUAGACCUGUAUCUGUACUACCCAAGUGUGGUCCAGACAUCAGACAUAGGCCUGUAUCUUCACUACCUAAGUGGUCCAGACAUAGACCUGUAUCUCAACCACCAAAGUGGUCCGGACAUAGACCUGUAUCUCAAACACCUAAGUGGUCCAGACAUAGACCUGUAUCUCAACUACCUAAGUGGUCCAGACAUAGACCUGUAUCUCAACCACCAAAGUGGUCCGGACAUAGACCUGUAUCUCAAACACCUAAGUGGUCCAGAAAUAGACCUGUAUCUCAACUACCCAAGUGGUCAAGACAUAGACCUUGUUCUAGACAUAGACGUGUAUCUCAACUACCCAAGUGGUCCAGACAUAGAACUGUAUCUCAACGACCCAAGUGGUCCAGACAUAGACCUGUAUCUAAAACACCCAAGUGGUCCAGACAUAGACCUGUAUAUCAACCACCAAAGUGGUCCAGACAUAGACCUGUAUCUCAAACACCCAAGUGGUCCAGACAUAGACCUGUAUCUAAAACACCCAAGUGGUCCAGACAUAGACCUGUAUCUGAACUACCCAAGUGGUCAAGACACAGUCCUGUAUCUCAAAUACCCAAGUGGUCCAGACAUAAACCUGUAUAUGUACUACCCAAGUGGUCCAUACAUAGACCUGUAUCUCAACUACCCAAGUGGUCAAGACAUAGGCCUGUAUCUCAAACCCCCAAGUGGUCCAGACAUAGACCUGUAUCUGUACUACCCAAGUGGUCAAGACAAAGACCUGUAUCUCAACUACCCAAGUGGUCCAGACAUAGACCUGGGCCCACUUGUAUUAAACAUCUCAAAGUUAAGGAAAAUCUCAAGUAAUGUAUCAAUUGUCUAUGGGAAAUCUUAG